CCAGGUGAAGAUGGCGACCACCAUAAGACAAACUCCACUUACUUGCAGUGGGCAUACACGUCCUGUUGUUCAACUAUGCUUCAGUGACGUCACCGAAAACGGAUAUUAUCUCAUCUCUGCUUGCAAAGCAUCCUACCCAAGUGAUAUCUGGUGUGGGCUCACACUUGGCAUUGCUUUUACAGAUGGAAAGCCAAUGCUACGUCAGGGAGAGACUGGAGAUUGGAUUGGAACUUUUGAAGGACAUAAAGGUGCUGUUUGGGGUGUGUCCUUGAACAGGGAGGCUACACGUGCUGCAACAGGUGCUGCAGAUUAUACUGCAAAGGCUAGUUUAUUUUUGUUGUUCUUGCUCUCUCAAGGUAUCAUGCAUAAGGAAGGAGACUUGCCUAUACUAUUUUCCUUUUUUCAGUUGUGGGAUGCCGUAUCUGGAGAAGAGCUCCAGACCUUCACCCACAAGCACAUUGUUAAGAGUGUGGAUUUCUCCAAAGAUGGCUGUAAACUUCUCACUGGGUCCAAUGAGAAAAUUAUCAAAAUUUUUGACCUGACCAAGAUUGAUGCUGAACCUGCAGAGCUUUCAGGGCAUGAUGAUAGCAUUCGCCAAGCCCUGUUUCUACCAGACCAACGUAUGGUGAUCAGUGCUGGGGAUGACUGCACUGUCCGCCUCUGGGAUCUCUCAAGUGGGCGUGAGGUCCGGCAAUUGGAGUUCCCAAAUCCACCAAGCAGUAUGGAGGUCUCCCAAGAUGGCCAGAUCCUCACUCUGACUUAUGGAAAUCAUGCUGCCUUCUGGGAUUUAACCAAGUUUGAGAAAGUGAGAGAGAUUCGGAUUCCAACACGCGUGCACUCAGCAUCCCUCCAUCCAGCAAGGACUGUUUUCGUCUGUGGAGGAGAAGACUUCAAGAUGUACAAGUAUAAUUUCUCAGAUGGUUCAGAAGUUGAAUCCUUCAAAGGUCAUUUUGGGCCAAUCCACUGUGUGAGGUUCUCCCCAGAUGGAGAGCUGUAUGCAUCAGGAAGUGAGGAUGGGACAUUGAGGCUUUGGCAAACAACUGUUGGCAAGACUUACGGACUCUGGAAAUGUGUGGAUGGCAUCACCAAUGAUGUAAAUUCCAAAACUGACUCCGUUGCUGGGUGAAUUGGCAAGCAUGAAUCUGCUCUCAAAUCCUGUUGGUUUGCUGAUCUGUGAGGGACCUUCCAAGAGUUUUAUUUUUUUUUCAUCUUUCCAAAUUUCCUCAGGUAAAAUGGGAGUCUCUAGUUUUGUCUCACUCUUAAGGCAGAUCUCUGGCAAGUUGGAUAUUGUCUUCCAUGGUUACUACACCUAGUCAUAAAACAUGGUGAAGAA